AUGAAUCUAGAGUUGGCGAUGGAAACACAUCAGGGAGUGAAAGAAGAAGAAGAUGAACCUGUUUACCUAAACCUUAACCCUCUUCCUCACUCCCCGCCUUCUUUCAUCGUGCCUCCAACCUGCACCGCCAACGCUUUCUCCCUCCCGCUCCCAACCCGCACACCCAACGACAUCCACAAAAUCUUCAACACACACGACCUUCGUGACGUCGCAUAG